AAAUAUAAAUGUGCACAUUAAUUUACGCUUUGUCAGUUGCACAAAAACUGUUAACAACACAGUUUGCCAAGCAUGCAAAGGAAACAUAAUCAUUGUAGACGGAAAUCUAUCCGAAAGGAAAAGCACUAUGUUAUCAGUAAACGUUCGUCUAUGUGCGCCUAACCAUUAGGUAGAACCUCAUUAAAUUAUACAACAAAGAAAUGCUAUGAGCAACAUUUAAUGUCCGAAGGACGAAGACACAAAAGCUUUUAUUAGACAAAAAUAAGUAGGACAACGCCUGGACUUAGACCCGUCUGUUGGAAGUGAGGUACUUAGAUCAACCACAAAAUUUCAAUGGCCUACCUUGUCAAAAUGAGUGCCAAUAAAUCUGAUCAAAGAAAAACCUGAAGACAGAAGUGAAUAUACAUAUGUCUGUUUUCGACAUAGAACUUUGCACCGAUGUGCAACAGUUCAAGUCGCCACACCACGUAGCAAACAACGCAAGAGAAGAAAGGAGAAGAAAUGCAAAAUAGACACAGUAGACAGAGAUAUGAGGCUAAAAGAAUAGUAAUAACGGAGAACAAUACAGUUUCAAGGAGUGCACAACUAGACCACAUAGCAAUAAGCUAUCGUUGGCGUGGGUCGGUAGGAGAUUGUCGCUCCUUCUGGAACACGUGUGUAGAUACUAAUCACGCACUGGUCCGCGCUCGUGUGUGCUUACGACUGAACGGACGUAGGAAACAGCUGGUGGCAAACCCAUCACGUCCCCAGCUCGAUCAGGAAAAUAAAUCCCUAUUUGAGGAAAAACUAGCUAAACACAUAUCUGAGUUCGACAGCUGUGCUCACCCUGAAGAAGCUUGUAAGAAUAUUCAGGCAGCAAUACACACAGCUGUAAAAUCUGUGAAUAAGGUAAAUCCAAAUGUGAGUAAAAACCAUUGGAUUUCGACUGCCUCAUCCGAAAUGAUAGAUGCUAGAAGACUUAUUCCGGCAAGCUCCAAAUUCAAUGAGGAGCGAAAGCUGCACAAAAGGAAACUUACGAAAAGUCUCCGCAAGAACCGUGAACAGUGGUGGGUAACAAAGGCGAAAGAGAUGGAAAAAGCAUCGGCGAUAGGCAACACUAGGCAACUCUUUAGACUCAUCAGGGAAACUGGUGGGAGAAGGCAAAUCAUAAGUGAAACAAUUUCGGAGAAAAAUGGCACCAUAAUUAGCUCCCAGGAUAGACGACUGGAACGCUGGAAAGAACAAUAUGAGGAGCAAUUUAAUUAGCUCAACCUGCCGAACAUCCAACACCUCCCUGAAUGGGAUAUAGACACAGGUCCCCCUUCCUUAACUGAGGUUACUAAAGCUGUCACUAACCUGAAACAAGGCAAAGCAGCGGGACCUGAUGGAAUGACUCCAGAGGUAUUUAAGUACGGUGAAGACAGCUUACUGUCUGCAAUAACUGAGAUUCUAAGCGGCGUCU